CACAAAAUUCGCUAUGCCAACGACACUUCUCGUCGUGAAGCUCCUCCAUUAUCCCAUCUCUUUUAAUGUGCCUUUCUUCACAACAGCACAAGCUCACUACUGCCAAUCAUUUCUCAUAUAUUUCCUUUCUUGUGCUACUACACAUUCUCUUUCUUGCUUCCGCAGCUUGAUUUCUUAGUCCAGUGUAUAAAAGAAAAAAGACAUCCAUCGCUUUCAAACUUCCUCGAAAUUGUCUGACGUCUAAUUCACUUCGCUCCGUACAGGACAUCUACUUUAUUUGACUAUAUCAUGUCAGGCUCAACGCCCACGGUCAAAGACCUGUACAAGGCUGUCACUGCUGAUCUAGCAACUUUUUUAGCCUCAGACAAGUCCAAGGAAAACGACUUAAAUCGCGAGACAAUACAGCAUUACCUCGACCGUUUUGUUAAGAAUCAAUCCAACUCCAAUUCAGGACAUGGUCACAGCAACCACACAACGCUUUCUGUUGCCAGCACUACCCCUGCAAUCCCUUUGCUUGGAAACUUACCGCCAGGAGGACAAGCAGGAACAGGAGCUGCUGCUGGAGCUGGAGCUGGAGCUGCGCUCAAUGCGUCAAUGUCAUCAUCUUCUACCACUUUAGGGUCUGGUAUCGCUCCUUCGUCUUCAGCUGCCGCUGCUGGCCAGCGACACGCGAACGAAAUUUGGUAUCAAUCCUUAACCCACAAUACCAGCAUGCAGCACUCCCACAGUUUACCACUCGCCUUUCACAAGCUCAAUCAAACCAUAUCCAAUUCAGUAUCCCCAGUCAGCUCUGCACCAGUAUCCCAAAAUACCUCAACUAGUGGCUCGCCAAUCAUCGGAAGUGGAGGCGCAAGUGGUUCAGCAGGGGCUCAUCCAAGCACAUCUCCAAAUCCUGGGGCCAAUCCAGGUCUAGCAGCUACACCUUCUAUUCAACCAACUUAUAUAAUACCAAAUCCUGUAGCCAAUGUACCAUUGGCAGCUCAGAGGUUUUCAGCACAUCUGCUCUCAUUGUAUACACAGCAGGGGAUGGGUGAAGUGCCAAUCGCUGCUGUUGCAAGUCGAAUGCUUGUUUACCUGACACAUUUGUUACCAUUUCUGACCCCACAUCUUGUCAUGGCCGAUUGGUGGGAUCGACUGAUAGAGCCUUCGCUACAGGGAGAGAUUAAAUUGGGAAAGGAGGCAUUGAAAGCUUGUAGAGAUCUUGUGAUAGAAUGCAUGACCCGCGACAGCCUCAUGGAUGGUCAAACUGGAGUGGGAUCAAUCUUAAUUGCUGGAGAUGAGGAAGGACAGUUGGAUGCAUCUCUUGCCAAGACUGCCAUGCCGAUCUCACAAUUUAUACUCCGAAAAUACGUUAAGGCAGCUCACAUCCUUAACCAUCGAUUUGCUGAUACAGAGGAGAUGGGUACAUCCGCUACAGCUGGGACGGGAUCAUGGCUUCGUACAAAUACUGUUUCAACGCCAAGUUCUGGCCAUGCUGGACAUGGUCUAGGGCCGUCAGGUUUAGGGUUUUCAACAUUAGGGCCGAUCCAGAACCCUCAGCGAUCAGAAUACCCAUCAGUCAUGAAGGAGAUGGAGAAACAACGGAAGCUCAUUAUGAAAGCUAGAGCUGUUAUUCGUCGGAAGAAGGAUAUAUUAGUCAAGAAUCUGGAGGCUAUUUUGUUUGCAUAUGGAGGCAACGUUGGACGUGUCAAGGAUUUUUUCAGCUGUCUUUACACGUAUUUUAUCGGUGCUCGUUAUCGUGCAGAGAUAUUGGGGUUGCUCUGUCAAUUUAUUCGAAGACAGCGUGUUUACUUGCAUCAAAUCCUAUCCACACCACUGUUCGAUUCUUUACUACUCUCGUUGAAGUAUGAUACGUCGCCUCUGAUUGUAUCGUUGGGGCUGAUGGCACUGAUCAUGUUGAUGCCUAGAAUUCCAGCUACCUUGAACGACCGACUUCCGGAUUUGUUUUUGAUUUUAAGCAGGAUUCUCUGUUGGCCAAGAUCAAGACAGCAAUUGAUAGGAAUAGCGAACCAAGAAGGCGCAAACUUAACUGGUCAGACUAUCCAAUCGUUUGACGAAUUUGAUGACGAUAGCGGCAAUGAGCCAAAUAUCAAACUACCUGGUAGUGCUGACAACAACAUUGUUAGCAAAAAUGCGAGCUCAGGAUCACCGCCAGAUGAAAUUGAUUACGAAGACAUCUCAUUGUACAGUCAUGGAGUCCGUUGGCGCCGAUAUGGCCCCGCUGUAGCGGGCGAAACAUCGGAAGGGGCACCAGAUCCAACUGCCAUUUUUUCAUUCCUCUAUGGUCUUUUCCCAUGUAGUCUUCUAAAAUUCCUACAUACCCCCCGCAUGUUUAUGAAGCAAGCGAUUUCGUCUACAGGAUCAGGGUCAGGACUCAAUACGAGUGAGGGAGAAUCAACAAAAAGUGCUCUGGAUUUAAGUGCUAUGUCACCAAAGGCCAACGACGUUGAAAAGAAAAUUGCGUAUAUCGAUGAGGAUUUGUUAAAAUCCCGAGUACAACCGCUUCUCAAGAGGCAUUCGCUACACCCCGAUCUAUUGACAUCAACGCCCGAACAGGAGAUCACUAAUAAAGCAAGGUGGCAAAAAUUGGAGCCCAUGGAGAUUGUUGCCAUGUGUGUUGGAUUGGAUGUGUGGAGUGCUGGAGUAAAUUAUGGUAUAGGGCCAGUUUUGAGAACGAUUGAUAGCGAUCGCUUGAGUGCAAUACCGCAGGGUGAUAGUGAUGAUGAUGAUGAUGAUGAUGAUGAUGAUGAUGAUGAUAAAGAGGAGGGGGCGCUAGCUCUUUCUACUUCACUGUCUUCACCAUUGGUUCUUGAAAAAACUGCUGUUGCUGCCCCUCCUAGCUCUUCAGUUGCCGAGAAGUCUGAAGAAGAUUCAUCCCAGCAAAAGGCUCUAGAAUCGGCUGAGUCCCUCGGAGUAGAGACAUCGGGAGGAAUACCUAUUGAAAUGUCGGCACAGGAAGAGGUUUCUGAGCUUCAUGCUGUCAGGGACAAUCAAUCGAGACCUAUACUUCCAACAACUGCCUCGUCUUUGUCUUACCGCGCUCAUUCUAUUCCAGGACCAACCGCGUCAACCACGCCAAGGGCACGAACAAAGUCCAAAGAAGUCAAGAUGAGCCAGAUUCUGCGAAACUUUGCAACCCUACGGGGACUGGAUCACGAUGAGAUUUUGAUGGAGGCGAAUAACAACAAAGCACUAAACCCCGGUUUGACCUUGCGUGAGCGUCGACCUUCUGUAUUGAAGAGCAAUGAUGAGUUAGCAGUAGCGUUAGGACCUUCUGCUAUGGCAAUAGCAUCUGCAGCAUCUACAGCGUCCACAACAACAACGACAGCGUCGGCACCUAUUAGUCAUAGUAAUAUACCCCCUGAAGGUCCUACAUAUCUAAGCAACAACUCUGUAGAAACCAGCCAAGAUCCUCAACUUUCUGCAACUAUGGCAAGUCUGGUACAGGAAAACAAAGAGUACCGCAAAACCAUUGCGUUAUUAGAAAGAGAUUUGCUCAUGGCUACGAAUGAACUUAAUUUUGAGAUGUUUUUAAAACAACAACAUAUUCAACAAAUCUCCAAAGUUCAUCGCGCUCAUGUGCUUGAUGCUAGUGUGGAAGCCGAACGCCAAAACCUUUAUAAUACCUGUCGGUCUCUCAAGGCGCAGCUGCAGGAGACAAAGUUAUUGUUGGAGAAGGAAAAGAAUGAGCUAGAAAAACGUAAGAACAAACAGACACAUUGGGAUACAGAGUUGAAGAAUAAGCUACAAAUGUUCAGAGAUGAACGAAAAAACCUACAAUUUGAGGUGGAGCGACUGAAGCAAGAUAUCCAGGAUACACGGCAAGCACAGGAGAUCCAAGAGAGACUCUUAACGGAGGAGCGCAAAGGGACUUUUAACCUCAAAAAUACGAUUGAGGAUCAGUCUCCGAAGCUCAAGAAGUUGGAGGAGUAUGAGAAGCGGAUCGAGGAAAUGACGCGCCAAUUGGUCACUUGGGAAUCUGAGCAAUCAAAAAUGCAGGAAGUGCAACGUCAGUUGGAGGCCGUUGUAGGCCGUUGGCAGAAUCUGGAACUGCUUCUUGCAGCAGAGAGAGAAGAAGCACGCAUCCUGAGGAAUAGGGUCUCUCAACAGUCCCAAAUCAUGGAUGAUAUGCGGAUUCAGAUAGCUAAUAGUGAAGGCCAUGGACUAGAAGAUAUCCCUGAUACACCCUCGAUAGAUUAUUGUUCAAGAGACGAACACGAUGGUGAUGAAAAUGAUGACAGAAGCGAUGAUGUAAAUGGGGAUAGAGACGCUGAUACUGUAUCGCAAACAGUUCAUACUAACGAGGUUGGUCACGGACGAGCGGAUGAAGCGGUUGAACGAGAGCAUUCAAUUCACCGUAAAGCGUCCAGUAACUUGCACCAUCGCGCCAGUAAGACUGCUUUGAAUACAGACUGGCCACAAGCAUUCACCCGAUCGAAUAGUAGUCAGCAAGGAUUUGAAAGUCAGCGGCGAGCAGCUGCAAUGCAGAAAUUUAUGGUUCGUGAAAAGGAACGAUGGGACCAGGAACUUCAGGAAGCACACAACCGAUGGUCGCGAGAGGCUAUGCGCAACCAACAACUAGAGGACCGUAUCUUGGAGCUCCAAGCUCAACUUGAGACGUUGCGUGCUAUCGACAUGCGGCAACAUCACACUACUGAAGGACAUCACGGAGGCAAUGAUGGAAGUCAACGCUAUAUUACUAGAGGAGGUACUGAUAAGGAGGGCAAUGAUUUCGGCGGUCAGGGCGACAAUGCAACAGCUGGAGGAGAGGUGAGUGGCGGUGGAAGUGACACGAAUGCUCUAACGCAACCCCAGAAUGUCCCAUAUGGUGCACAGGCUUCAAUAAAGAUGGACCAUCAUUAUGGCGAUGGUGACACAGAUGAUGGUGGCCUUGAGUCCAGUGGGAUGAUUGGUCGAUAUAGUCGUCAUAACUAUCAAGAGACAGAAGAUGAGGAUGACACGAUCGGUCAAAGAAUUAGAUCCAUGCGUUUAGGGGAAAAAGACAGCUCCUCUUCAACAUCAGCUCAGCUGCCACCAUUUGAAUCUGAAUCUUCGACCCGAGCUGUUGGUCAGACAGGCAACAGCAGUGGAAAAGGCAAAGGAAUUAAGUCAAAGACAAAGAGCAAGUGGCCACUUGACAGGGCCCAAACAGACCGUGGCAUUCAUAAUGUGAGUGCUGGAAUUGGUGGUGCAGGUGGAGGAGGACAUCUUGGUAGCCAUAUUCCAGGAAUCUUUGACUUGGGUCGACAAUUAUCGCAGCAGCAGCAGCGUAAAGGUGGCGAAUCAUCAUCUACAUCUACGUCUACAUCUACAUCAAAGAGUUCUGUAGCAGCCAGAGCAGCUUCCUCAGGAGUAUUCCUACCCACGCUCUACACCCGACAUGUAUCGCAUCUGUCGGAUAGUGCAAUCAGCGAUGUGACAACCGCCUCGGACACAAGCACGACAGGCAGUGGAGUACGAGGCGAGCGUUCUCGAAGUACUGCUGAUAGUGAAGAUGGCAGUAGCAGUACGUCAAGACAUGAGCGAGCUGCAUCUGCAUCUGGAUUAAUAUCUGGAUUUCGAGCACCCUCCAUUGACGGAUCUGCAACUAGCGGGGGCAAGAGUCACAGUAAGAGCAAAGCUGAUAGGGAGCGAGAACGUGAAAGAGAGCGUGCGCGACUGAUGGGUGGCAUUGGUCCUCUUGUAGAUCCAAGCAAGAUGUACCGUAAUGUGCGUAUGUUUUAAAGAAAAAUAAAAGAAAACAUGUU